AUGGGAGUUCAAGGUUUGCUACCGAUGCUUCGGAGAAUUGCUCCUGAAUGUAUUCAGUCAAUCGCAGUAAGCGCGUUUUCCAACUUAUGCCCUGUCGUCGCCAUAGAUGGAACAUUGCUGCUUAUAAGGAACUUUCGCUCACAAUCUACUGCUUUAAACUAUAGCUAUAAUCAUGUUAAUUGGGCAUUCAAGCUUUCUAGGUAUUGUCGGAGACAAAAAAUAACGCCAAUCGUUGUGUUUGAUAAUCCAAUUCCAAACGAACAUAAAGCAGAGGAGCACGAAAAGAGGCAAUUGACAAAAGCAAAUAUUGUGAAAGACCGUGAUAAUAUUUCCAAACGUGCAUCUCUUCAAGAGAACUUUGAAUCGGUUUUGCUCAAUCGGGCAAAACCAUGUAUUGUUUCUGAUUGCGAGACACUUCUUUUUUCGCUCGAGAAUUUACUUGAAGAUGUGCAAUUGGAACAUUCAAAACUUUCCGUACCAUAUGAACAAGAAGAUUUAGAAUCCACUCAAAAGUCAAGGGAAAUUCAAAGCCCUUCACCGAAUCCCAUAGACAAACAGGAAAAACAGAAAAAAUUAGAAAACAUUAAGGAGCUUUAUAACCAGCUGGUAAGUUUUUUGAGCGACUUGGACCCUUCUUCAGAUGUAAAAGCAUACCUCGAAACCGUGAAGCCAAGCUCUGAUUUGCCAUACCUAAAAUUAUGUGUCCUAUAUUUAUUGGGAAAACUUGAACUGGACGUUUUACGAAUAUAUAGACUUAAAAUACAAGAGGAACUGGAAAAAUAUGAGCGUCGUCUUUACUCUCCAAGCAAACAACAUUUUGAGGAGUUGAUUGAGCUUCUAAAGAUUUUGAAUAUUCCAGCGACUUAUGCUCCCGUAGCAAUUGAAGCUGAAGCAUUUGCUUCUGCCAUAUAUAAGAAGAAUUUGGCUACUGUUGUUGCUACUCAAGACACUGAUACAUUGGCAUUAGGUGCUCCCAUGGUGUCAAACUUUUUAGAUAAUUCAGAAUUGGCUUACCAUUCUCUUACCUAUAUAAAUCCGAUGCGAAUUUGCAAUAGCCUGAGCAUUACUCAUAGACAGUUUCAACUAUAUUGCCUUAUGUGUGGAACUGAUUUUUCUACUCGAAUUCCUAAGAUAGGUCCGGUACGUGCUUUAGAGGUUAUUCAAAAGCAUAAAGAUAUUUCUUGUGUACUAAACGAUAUAUCCCUUUCUAGCAGAUUUAACGUACCAGAAGAUUAUGAAAAAAUGAUUGAGGUUGCUCUUAAACGUUUUACUGACUUGCCAAAUAAAAACGAGUUCUUUCACUUUAUAAAUGCAAGCCCAAAAAGCUUUUUGCAAAUGUCCGAUGAUUACUAUUUGGAUCUAGAGAGGCAAGCAUUAAAGCUCUUUAACUUGCAACCUGAUUAUGUUCAGUAUAACGUCCUUGGGUACUAUUAUUUUUGA